GAUUUGGCAAGUAUAAAUCAAAUUAGCCUCUCCUUCCCUGCCUGUCUCGUGUCGACAAAUACAAAAACUUAUUCGAGCUUUUGCAGCCAAUUUUGCAGCACAAGAUGUUAAUGAUGUUUCAGCUUUGCCAGGUUAUGGUGAUGAUCAGUUUCUGGAGCUCUAUUACUUUGCUUGCUUCUGAUCAGCUGCAUCCAGGGGAAGUUGAAGCGUUAAGACAAAUCGGUAAGACAGUAAACGAGGAUGGCCAACUAUCCUUGAAGUUCGUCGAUCGUUGUCAACAGAGUGGAGUCGUUGAGACAGUACUGACUUCUGCUCCACCAAACUUAGAAGGGAACAGCACCAUCGAAUGUAACUGCAGCAUCACUGAUGAUAAUUACUGUCACAUUACUUCAUUCCAGCUCAAAGAUUACAGUCUUCCAGGCAGGCUUCCUCCGGAAUUGGCCAACCUUACUUAUGUCCAAAAAAUAGAUUUCACUCGCAACUAUCUAUACGGCACAAUUCCGGUGGAAUGGGCUUCGAUGAAAUAUCUGUCUUUCAUCUCGCUUACUGCAAAUCGCUUGUCAGGAAAUAUUCCUGCCCAUUUGGGAAGUUUUACUGCUCUCGCCUACUUGAGCCUUGAAUCAAAUCAGUUUUCUGGUGUUGUCCCACCUGAGCUUGGCAAGCUUGUCAACUUAAAAAAUCUGAUACUCUCCGGCAAUAAGUUAGUGGGGACCUUGCCAGAGGCACUUGCGCAGAUAAAAGACUUGAAGGAUUUUCGCGUAAGUGAUAAUAAUCUUAAUGGCACCGUACCCGAGUUCAUUGGGAACUGGACUCAACUUCAAAAGCUUGAAUUGUACGCGACUGGAUUGCAAGGACCUAUACCUCUUGCGAUUUUUCAUUUGGAAAAGUUGUCUGAUUUGAGGAUUGCUGAUAUGCCUGGACCAGAGUUUCAGUUACCUAAAAAGCCGAUUGAAAGGAAAUACUUGGUUCUGAGGAAUAUCAAUUUAGCUGGAACAAUCCCAGAAGACGCAUGGAAAGUGGAAAAAACACUCGACUUAACUUUUAACAAGUUGGUUGGGGAGAUUCCUCCUACUACAAUACGACGACAGUUUACGUUUUUGAGUGGCAACAAGCUGACUGGAACAGUGCAAGACUCAUUCCUCCAAAACAGCCAAAAUCUUGAUGUUUCGUACAAUAACUUUUCACGGUCACCAAGAUGCAGCAGCAGUAACGGGAAUAAUAUAAACUGGUUUCGAAGCUCGUCCAGCUAUAAUAACUUAAGCGAUCUUCUUCCAUGCUCAGAGAUAUCUCGGUGCCCAAAAUAUUAUCGUUCAUUCUAUAUAAACUGUGGUGGACAAGAUGUAAAGAAUGGGAGAAUCUUGUAUGAAGGUGAUCAAGAUAGUGAAAGUAAUGCUGCUGCAAGGAGUUAUUAUAGAUUAGGAUCAAACUGGGGAUUCAGCAGCACAGGAGAUUUCAUGGAUGAUAACAACUUCAAUGAUAACAAAUAUACGCUUCAAUCAAAUUCUAAUAUUUCUCUGGUUGACUUUGGAUUGUAUGCAACCGCACGUAAAACUCCCCUGUCUAUCACGUAUUAUGGAUAUUGUCUAGAAAAUGGGAAUUACACUGUCAGACUCCACUUUGCUGAGAUACAAUUCACAGAUGAAAAACUGUACAACAAAGUUGCAAGGCGAGUUUUUGAUAUUUACAUUCAGGGAAUACAAGUGCAAAAGGAUUUUAACUUUACAGAGGAAGCCAAAGGAUCUAACAGAAAUUUCACAAUAGCAUUCAACACCGCUGUGACAGACCGUACCCUGGAGAUCCGAUUAUACUGGGCUGGAAAAGGCACUACUAGCAUUCCAAGAAGAGGAAAUUAUGGUCCUAUAAUUUCUGCUAUAUCCGUAUGUUCAGGUUACAGAACUUAUUGUGAAGAACCUGAGGAAGCAAGUAAGAAACCUAUUGUGAUCGGAGUUGUCACUUCAGCAGCGUUCCUUAUUCUCUUGGUAAUGGGUGUCAUUUAUUGGAAGUUCUGCUAUGGAGACAAAUACACAAGAGAACGAGGUGCAGAGCUUAAAGGGCUAGAUUUGAAAACUGGUUCCUUCACCUUGAGGCAGCUAAAAGCGACCCCUGACAAUUUCAAUUCAGAAAACAAGAUUGGAGAGGGUGGUUUGGGAUCCGUAUACAAGGGUGAAACCUCGUCUUUAAUUUGAAUAAAGCCAAAGACGUGCUUGGAGCUUCGUUUGUAAUCAUAUAAUUAAUGAUGAUACAGUUAAUGAUCAAGAUUUAGACAACGUUUUGUUGCUUACCAUCCAUCAUGCUAUGGUUAUGGAUUUAUAAUUCUAUACAUGUAAACGGUCUAUGAAAGCUAUCUCCGUGGUUGUGAGAAUUCAGAGCCCCAGGCACUCUUCCUGGCCAGUGAUUAUUACUCCCGAUUUGUGAAGAUGGAUAUUAUGAAUAUUUUUUUU